CCUUUUCAGAACGAAAUGAUGAAUCCUUUGAAUAUUCGAAAGUUAAAUUUAUGUAUGAAGAUUCAACGAAAUAAAUAUAUUUUGUUACAGACCUGGAAAAUGACGACUAUCAAUGGUUCUACAGAUGUGACUGAUGCCACGAUGAAGGCCUCGAACGGGCAGGGAGAUUCAAACAUAGAGAUUAACACGGAGGAACUACAAUAUCUUGAUCUUUGCAAGAAGAUAAUCAAUACUGGAAGCAGGAGAGGGGACAGAACUGGAACUGGGACUUUGUCAAUAUUUGGCGCUCAGAUGCGGUUUUCUCUGCGUGAUAAUCGGUUUCCACUGUUGACUACUAAGAAAGUUUUUUAUCGUGGAAUUGCAGAGGAAUUAUUCUGGUUUAUCAGGGGUUCUACUAGUGCUAAGGAACUCCAGGAUAAGAAUGUUCGUAUCUGGGAUGGCAACAGUUCUAGGGAGUACUUGGAUUCUAUUGGAUUAACGGAAAGGGAGGUAGGGGAUCUGGGUCCUGUGUAUGGUUUUCAAUGGCGGCAUUUUGGCGCCAAAUAUGUGGACAUGCACACUGACUAUUCAGGUCAAGGUGUAGAUCAGUUAGCUAAGGUUAUUGAAACACUGAAAACGAAGCCGACUGACCGAAGAAUUAUUAUGUGUGCCUGGAAUCCUGCAGACCUUGAUGCAAUGGCCCUGCCUCCCUGCCAUUGUCUUGUACAGUUCCAUGUUGCUGACGGAGAGUUGUCAUGUCAGCUGUAUCAGAGGUCUGCAGAUAUGGGUUUAGGCGUCCCGUUUAAUAUUGCCAGUUAUGCUCUUCUGACUGUCAUGAUUGCACAUGUAACCGGACUGAAACCGGGGGAUUUUAUUCAUACUUUAGGGGACGCACACGUGUACACGAACCAUGUAGACGCACUGAAGGAACAGAUCAAGCGGGAACCCAGAACCUUCCCCACCAUCAAAAUCAACCGUACUGUCGAGAACAUCGAGGAUUUUAAGUUCGAGGAUUUUGAAGUUUCCGACUAUAAUCCGUACCCUAAGAUUGCCAUGGAAAUGGCAGUUUAACGGUUUUGUUGAACUUUAUUUUCCGUUCAUUCGACGUUAUGGUUAUACUUUAAAAAGUCGCAUUUAUCUGUUCAGCCAUUUUUUCUUAACUUUGUAAUUUUCUUUUUUUGUAAUUUUGCAUUUAUUUACGAUCACAAGCUGGUAAAUCAUAUAAUAAUGGCUGUGAAGUUAAGACUGAAACCUGGUGACAAUGACGAACCAAAAUGAGAAUGAAUCUCCCCAUGGUACAUUUUAUAUAAAAGAUUAAUACCAUUUCAGAA